UGUGGCAGCACGUUGACAAAAGAGAAGAAUGUGUAAUAGAACAACUCGUAAAGUCAUAAUACCAAAUCGAUAUCGAAAAAUGUGGCUUGCUUUUCUUGAACUUUUAAUUAGCUAAAGUUUUACACUUGUAACAUUUUGGACUUAACGCUAAUACGUAAUGUGUUUUUAUUUCUCACCCAUGCGAGACCUUUUUGUCUGAACAACAGAAAAAAAAAAAGUAAAAAGAAUAUUCAGAUUAAAAUACACGUACUUACGGUCUUACUUGUUGAACAAUGUCCGUUGCUUGGGGUGGUGUUUUACUUGGUAAAUAAGCAUAAAGUUAAAACCCUUUUAUUACGCCUCCCAGUGCACAUGAUGAAGUCAAUUCUUACGUUUACAAAAUAUUGUUAUUCAAAACUAGAAUAUUCUAUUCAAAAUUGAGAAAUUGGUUUGUCGAUUAAAAUAUUCAAUAUUUGCACAUAUAGUUUUAAGAUACUGUUUUAUAACUAAAAACAUUUGAUAGUAUUGAUACGAUAAAGAUUAAGGCUGCGAUUUUGGUUAGUUUAAGGCUGCGAUUUUGUUUGCAUUAAUAAACCAAAUAUCUUGAAGUCUGAACUAAUGAACACGUACGCUGCGUAGUUGACUAUAAACAAUAAGAAGCUCCUUUUGGAAAGCCCCAAAUGUAAAGGGACUUGACCCAAAUUGGUUGACUCUACAUUUUACACCUUUCCACCCCGAACAGGUUUUGGUCCUCUCUUGUUGUCUUUAUCACAUUCAUUUAUGGUUGCUUUCUUUGACCGUCAUAAAUUAUACUCAUAUUUAUUUUACUAACAUAUUAGUGUUAUUAAUUGGCUGGACAACUGAGAUCAAUUAAGGAAUGUAUUUUCACUUAUAAGAUUGGCUUUGCACUAUCGUAAUCGUAAAUUCGCAAUCAUAUUAUUUAAAGUUUUGAUAUGCAGCAACAUGCACACCGCGUUUUCUCACCAAACUCGAAUGUUAUAGAAUUGAUUCGACUAGUGUGGAAUUCUGUAACCAAAAGAACGAGAAAAUUAGUCCCACGAGGCUACGACGAGGACAGGAACUUCCUUAAUUACACGGUUUCGUUUACUAGUUACAACGUUAUGAUCUAAUGGUUUCACGAUAUUAUAUGAAACAAAAAUGGUGUUGUUAUAUAUAUUAAGCUACUGUAUAGAGCACUAUUUUGUAUCAUGUCGCUAGUAAGAUACCAGCUCAGUAGCUCACAGGAGAAGAGUUCAACAUGAUUAUUUUAUUUCACGAUUAUGUCUUCAUGUGUAUUCUUAACACAGUAUUAAGAUAAGUUACAAGAAAAAAUUACAUUGUUGAACUCAUGGGGAUCAUAAAAAAAAGAUAUUUACCCCAAUAGACCACAACAAUUAGUAUAAUAUUAGGCCUAUAGCUAAGAUUUGUAGAUUUGAUAUGGGUUAUAUGACCCCCCUUGACUAUAAGUUGGUUCCACCACUUGGCAAAGAGUACCGUCAAACGUAGAUUUCAUAUGGCGCUCAGAUGAUAUAUUUAGGUGUGAAUUUUUGUAAGUUAGAUAAAAUGCACACAAAUAUUUAUAACCACGUAAUGAUGUUCUAAUAACAGGUAAUAUUUGGGUUGAUAAAAGCACUUCACUAUAUUUUAUUGUGUUGGUACACAAAUAUAAAGUUAAAACCAUUGCUUACGGCUCAUUUAAAUAUUCAAAUAAAUGAUCCAUUUGUAGACUGCAUAUUUUUUUAGGAAUUAGUUGAGCAUUUUCAUAAGUCCACAGUGCCUAGGUUAAAAAAUAAUAUAUACUGAUUAGCAUAAACAGAAGUAGAACAGUACGUUGACUGAAACAAAAAUAACUAGUGGAUAGUUAUCAUGAUCGGGACAUAAAAUUCUUUUUUUUUGAAAAAGGGUUUUCAUUAAUAUUUUUUUGUUUUUUUUCCAACAGAAAUUAAAUAAAGCCCAACUACAAUCCCAAAUGGGCCCAAUUAGACAAAACCUAGAAGAGUAACAAGCCCAAAAUAGCCCAAAAGCUGGCGAAAACCCUAGCUCCGAGCCUCACCCUCUCACGAUGAAGCCGCCACGUCGGAGAUCAGGAGACCGCUGACGCCAAGACCAGAAACCGACCUCCGCCAUAAGUGCUACCGCCUGGAUAGAGAAGAACCUCACCGGAAGGACUAUGUAGGGACUAGGUGAACGCCGGAGAAAAGAACAGAGAACCCAAGAAUCCGAGAGCCAAGCAGAUCCAGUCCAAAGACCGUUGCCGUAAUCAGCCGCCUCCGGUGAUCUCUUUCACGCCUCUCCGCUGCCCUCAAAACGGAAAGCUUACUUGAGGCACCGGAAGUUCAUGCUACCAUAUCCCAGUUCCGCCUUGAAAACCAUCUCCUCACCGAGAGCCACCACCCCCCUUCACAGAUCUGCUCCACUCGACUCCAAGAAGCGAGCUCUGACCAAAUCUCCACCGAAAACCCCUGAGGAAGCGAUGACCUAACUCCGUCCUCAAGAACUAGGAAACGCAAAGAGCCGCCGCCAUCGAUCUGACAGAAACCGAACCACUCACAACUUCAAAUCUGAAUCGCCACCAAGUCCUCUUCUAGAUCUGUUAAAUCACGGAUGCAAACCCAGGCAAAAAGAAAUAAAAAGAAAGAUGCCUCUCACAAUCUCACGGUAGAAAUUGGAGAGGGAGGUUGAAUCGAUGGCUUUGUGGUCAGGAGAGAGAAGAGAGGUUUUUUUUCUGGAACGAUUGUCCUCGAGUGGGACAUAAAAUUCUGAAAUGCACAUAAACUGGAAAGACGAAAACAUUGUAUAACCAAGAACGAGGACAUAUUCAAAGAUGCCACGAUUCAUACGUAACGCCGUGCGUAUAUCACAUUGAAUUGUAAGUGAGUAUGUAAAUAUGUAAUAUAUAGAGAAUGUAUACUUCUAACAAUGUCAACAAAAAUAUAUAAACCCUUUUCUCAAAAUAAUGUAUAUAGGUUGUAAGAUUAUACAAUAAUUUGACGACGUAUGCAAAGAUGAUCCACACAUGUUACACGCCGUACGUAUAUAACACACACUCAAAUAUUGGUUCAGUUAUGUUUAUACAAUAAUAUAUGUAUACUUCUAGUAGUGCUAUAAAAAUGUAGAAGAUAAGUCGUGAGUACGAUUAUCUAACCGAUACGCGGACGUAUUCAAAGAUGUCCCACACGCUAGUAUGUUUUAUAAAUCAGAGGAAAAUGUUAAAGCUUUGAAUAAAGACUCAGAAAAAUCUUCACUGCGUAUCCUAAAGGUUCAGUCACAAACUUUUCUGAAGAAAAUCUAAUAAUUACGUCAUAUUUAUUUAUCAGUUAAUAUAUAAUAACACUGCUUAUAUAUAUAUAUAUAUAUAUAUAUAGAAGACGGGCAAAGAAGAGACAUUAACAGAAACAGAGUUCUUCUUUUGUAUUUAAUUGGUCUCUCUUUUUGCCGCCAGAAAAAGAUACAGCGUUCGACAAACUUCUUUACAUCGUAACAGUUUCUUACAGGUAGCUUUCAUGGCUUUAUCUUUUGGGUGCUUACAAAGAGGCAACAGUUUCAAGAAAGAUUCACAAGAGUGCGAAACACCGAGACUUCUGAAAAGCCCAGUAAAAAUGUAUCUGGAGAAGACUUUAUCGUUCAAAGAUUUGGUCGAGAAGGGGAACAAAUACAAAGAUGAAAAUUUAGGGGUCAAAACGAGAAAAAGUGUAAACUUGAAGGGUCCUAAACCAGAUAACAUGGUUCUUCUUGAGAGGAGUCUCUCGUUCACAAGUCUAGUCCAGGUAGAGCACAAGGAAGAAGAAGAAGGCUCGUCUCCAAAACGUAGGAACAGGGGCAAAAUGGGAAUCUCGGGGAGUUUAACGGCGUUAAGUCUACCACAACCUCCGCCGUUUUGGUCUCCGAGACCAUCAACGGAGCUUGACGCUGCCGCUGUUACCUUACAAAAGGUUUACAAGAGUUACCGAACGCGUCGAAAUCUCGCUGACUGUGCAGUAGUCGUUGAAGAAUUAUGGUGGAAAGAAUUGAAAUUGGCAGCAUCAGAACCGAACCGAACCAACCAGACGGCUGUGUCGAGGUGGGCAAGAGCUGGAACAAAAGCAGCAAAGGUAGGGAAAGGUUUGUUGAAAGAUGAUAAAGCCCAGAAACUAGCUUUGCGACAUUGGUUAGAAGCUAUUGAUCCACGUCAUCGGUACGGGCAUAACUUACACUUAUACUACGAUGUUUGGUCAGUAAGCGAGAGUAGUCAGCCAUUUUUCUUCUGGUUAGACAUUGGAGAGGGCAGGCAAGUGAAUCUUACCAAAUGUCCAAGAACGCUUCUUCAACGACAAUGCAUCACUUACCUUGGUCCGAAAGAGAGACAAGCAUACGAAGUCGUAGUGGAAGGAGGGAAACUAGUCAACCGACAAAACAAGAACCUCGUUGAGACCAUCGAAGGAACAAAGUGGAUCUUCGUGUUAAGCACGACAAGAAAACUAUACAUUGGUCAAAAGGAAAAAGGUCGGUUUCAACAUUCGAGUUUUCUCUCCGGUGCCGCCAUUACUGCUGCCGGUAGAAUUGUUUCACACGGCGGAGUUGUAGAAGCUGUGUGGUCAUACAGUGGUCAUUAUCGCCCGACGGAAGAGAAUUUCCAAGAAUUUAUCGGGUUCUUAAAAGAAAACAGUGUGGAUCUUACCAACGUUAAGUUGAAUCCGAUUGACGAUGAUAAGUAUAUUGUCUCUAAUAAUGAGGGAAGCACUAAACCGCUGAAAUCCGAAGGUAGAGAUGAAACCACGGUUAUUCCGGUUGAACCGCCGGUAGAGGAUUCCGGAGAACAAAAACGUUUCAUGUGCAAGUGGAGUACCGGAAAUGGACCUAGGAUCGGGUGUGUGCGGGACUACCCUAUGGAUUUGCAGAUCCGAGCGCUUGAACAAGUCAACCUUUCUCCUCGUGUGGUCAAUGGAAAGAUGGGAUUAUUUGGUCCAAUACCUUCGCCAAGGCCUAGUCCAAAGAUUCGAGUCUCCCCUAGACUAUUUUGCAUGGGUCUUCCAAGUCCGAGAAACUAAUUUCUCGUUUUUUUCCUGAUCUGAUCAUACAUGUUCUUUUUGUCACCUCUCUGAUCUGGGGUGAUUCUUUAACAGGGUUACAACUUUUACACAUUUCAAAUAAUUUAAUUUUCCAUAAUUUUUAAGGUUAUAGUAACCUUUAUUUACUUUGUAACACCGCUUCAAUAUCAUUAUUUUAUUUACAGAAUUAAUAAUAUAACACAUUUAUUGACAAUAGCUUUGUGUUUGCUGUUGAAAUGAAUCCAUUUGUACGAUACAAAUACAAUAUUCUAUCUAAUCUUUACCAGAUUUGUUUUAUUAAUCUGAGUUCCAUACUAUAUGCAAACGGAAAUGAUUUUCAAACUUUUUUUAUGGUGCAAAGAUCCGAGGAUCUCUAAAAUGAUGUGUGGAUCCGUUUGAGUUCUUUAGCUACUUGCAUCAUUCUCGGUCUGUCUUCAUUACUCUCCUGGCAGCAGCUCAGAGCAAGUGCAAUACACGAUUCAAGUGUCAAUUUCUGGGCACAUGUGAUGUCCUUCAUUAACAUUGGAUCAAUUAGUUUUUUUUCUCAUACAAACCUUUCACAUAGCUAAUAGCUAGUGGGGUCACCAUCAGAGCUAGUGGAGACGAGAGCUGGUUUGCCAGUGAGGAAAACCAUCAACAAGACUCCAAAGCUGUACACAUCUGUAUAUUCUGUCACUACUUUUGUGUAAGCGUAUGAUGGAUCAAGGUAUCCUAAUGAUCCUAUCACCAAAUCAACUUCUAUUCUUGAUUUUCCCUCUGGGAGAGUUAUGGACAUUGAGAAAUCGGAAAACUUGGCGGUCAAGUUCCUGUCCAAGACAAUCCUAUAUUUUUUAAAACCAAUGUUGUAGCUGCAAAACCAAAGGUCAGAGUUACUUCAAAAUCUAAAUUAAGAUUUUCACUUAUACGUGUGGACAACCGUAACAACAUCCGAUAACAUAAACUUUCGUUGGACCAAAAAUCUUGGUAUAUCAUCAUUGUCUUGUGUCGGUAACAUACGAGUCGCUAAAGAUGACGAUAUAAUUGACUAUUUUUAUCUCUUUGAACUUUGUUGAUGUCUCAUUAUGAGACAUAUCCACACACUUCAAAACAGUGUUUACUGAUUAAUAUUUGUUAGAAUAGGAUCGAAGAUCUCAUUAUGAAGGAGUAACUAAGUAAAAAGUAAUAAGAUUUUCUGAUUCAAAAAAUGAAAGCCGAUAAAAGUCAGAUAUUCAAAACGAAACAAAAAAUU